AUGGUAUUAGAAGCUGUUGGUCCACAAUAUAACAUUGGUAACAUGGAAGAGCCACCAAAUCCAGAUGCACAACGACUUUAUGAUAUGUUAAAUGCUGCUGAUAAUGAGUUGUGGCCUGGUUGUAAGAAGCAUUCACAGUUAUCAUAUGUGGUCCGACUAAUGAGUUUGAAGGCGGAGUAUCACUGGCCAGAGAGGUGCUAUGAUCGGUUGACAGAAUUGAUAAAAGAGGGGUUUCCAAGCGAUGACAAUUUACUGCCAAGUAGCUUUUGUAACACGAAAAAGUUAUUGCGUGGCAUAGGAUUACCCGUUGAAAAGAUUGACUGUUGCCCAAAUAAUUGUAUGAUUUUUUGGCGACAUGACAGCGAGUUAGACAAAUGUAGAUAUUGUGGGGAGUCACGCUUUCAAGACCAAAAUGUUGAUUCUACAAAGAGGAAAAAGAAGCUAGUUGCAAUGGCAAAGAUGUACUAUUUUCCUUUGAUUCCUAGACUGCAAAGAUUGUAUGCAUCAACUGCCACGGCGGGAGAAAUGCGUUGGCAUGCUUCAUCACCCGAUGAUGGAGUUAUGCGCCACCCUGCAGAUUCCCCAGCGUGGAAGCACGUCAAUAACAUAUUUCCUGAAUUUGCAUCAGAGUGUCGUAAUGUGCGACUAGGCCUUUCAACUGAUGGUUUUCAACCUUUUGGCCAAUCAGGAAAACAAUACUCUUCAUGGCCAGUUAUUAUAACACCUUACAAUCUUCCUCCUUGGCUAUGCAUGAAGGAACAUUUCAUGUUUCUCACGGUGUUAGUUCCUGGACCACGUAAUCCGAAAGAUAAGCUGGAUGUUUUUCUGCAGCCAUUAAUAGAAGAAUUGAAACUGUUGUGGGAAGUGGGUGUGCCUACCUAUGACAUUUCAUUGAAGCAGAAUUUUCAAAUGCGAGCAAUCUUAAUGUGGACCAUAAGCGACUUUCCAGCAUAUUCCAUGUUGUCUGGAUGGAGCACUGCUGGAAGAUUGGCUUGUCCUCAUUGCAUGGAUAACACAGAUGCAUUUACACUAGAGAAGAGUGGAAAACAAUCAUGGUUUGACAACCAUCGGAAGUUUCUACCUGCUAAUCAUCCAUUUCGAAAAAACAAAAAAGCUUUUCGAAAAAACAAGAUGGUCUUAGUUGACCCGCCAGAAGCCAAGUCAGGUGAAGAAAUCUUGAAUGGAAUAGAUACAUUGGGACUAGUAAGAGUGAUGGAUGACUACAAUGACAUGAAUAAGAUUGUCGCAAAUCGUGCUAGAUCUGGAUGGAGGAAAAGAAGCAUCUUUUGGGAUCUCCCAUACUGGAAGGAACUACUAAUUCGACAUAAUUUAGAUGUGAUGCAUAUUGAAAAGAACGUUUUUGAUAAUGUAUUCAAUACUGUUCUUAAUGUUCAAGGGAAGACUAAAGAUACAACAAAGUCAAGAGAAGAGUUGAAUCAGUAUUGUGCAAGACCUGAAUUAAAGCGUAAUGAGAUGACCGGCAAGUUUCCAAAAGCUUCAUACACCCUAGACAAUUCUGAAAAAAGGGUUUUAUGUGAAUGGGUCAAAGGUCUUAAGUUUCCAGACGGGUAUGUGUCCAAUAUGGGUAGAUGUGUUGAUUUGAGGAAGCUCAAGAUGUUUUGA